GCCUGUGGCGCCGGGGACCGAGACUCAGAGGCCGCGGGGGCCCAGCGAGGGGAGCCCAGGUCUACGGGCCCUAACUGACUGGUUACUCAGGGCCCAGUCUAACCCGUCCCGUGGGGCAGCCUCCACCCCAGCAGCCCUCUCUUCCUUGGGACACCCCCUCCACCACCUGUCUGACUAGUCCGGGCAUCAAGUUCGAGGUCGCUCUGCCGGUCGGCUGGGGUGGCUUCCAGGGGCGGGAAGUCACGCUCGUCCCUCAGGCCUGGGCCGCAUGAAGCUUCCCAGUCACCCACCUGUGCGCGCCCUCCCGCUCACUGCCUUCCUCGGGGCCCGCCUUCCUCCCUUCUUUCUUCCAUCCCUUCCUGCCCCGCACACCCACGGGGUUUCUUAGCGAUCCUGUUAUCUUCUCGGCUGCUUUUAAAUUGACUCCCUGAUUUCCCAAGACGCUUCCACCCUCGUAGGGGAUGGUGAGAAGUUAAUCAGCUCUGUAGCAGAGAGCUGGCCAAGCGUUUUGAUACCCUUAACCCCUGAAACAGUCUGCCACGUUACCUGUUUGUUCGCGGGAUCUUCCUAUUCCUCCUCGUUUGUGAUUUGGGUGGGUUGCUUUGGGCCCAAUUGUGUAGAGAAAGAAUAGGUUUUUCUCCCCCAGAAGCUAAAAUCCCAAUCACUACAUUUGUAAAUCAAAUGCUGAAACUGAGGGGCAACCCUGGACUUGAUGGUUUGAGAAAGAGGCUCCUGGUGAGUCCCAGUUUUGUAUGUGCCUUGCUUUGACUAAUCCUUUCCGUGGGAGGAAGUCGAGGGGGACAGACUGGUCGGACCGACUUAGCAGGAAUGUUCCACUCACUGCAGAGGAGGUCGCCCUCCAGUGUUUAUUCAUACUGUGUGAGCUCUGCACGGUUCGCCAGCCUUGCAGAUGGGAGUCAGGGCUGGGGGCAUCAGGUGAGCUCCCUGAAGGGCAGGGUCCAGCAGAUUCUGAGUUGGUUCCAGAAGGAGAUUGAAAGAGGCCCUAGGCAGAAUAAGAGCCUGCUCUCGCUUUUAGCUAACCAGUGUAGCUAUGUUACCAGCUUGAGGGUCCGCCGUGCCCAGCAGAUCGGCCAGCUCUACAGCAACAUCUACUCGGAGAGGACGCGCUGGAGCCUCUUCAGUAGACUUUGGCGCAAGUUUCACAGCCACCACGGGAAUGCCUGUAAACUGAUGGCUGCUUUAACUGGAAUCUUUGUGUGGGAAGAGGAGAGGAUCAAAGAAGAGGAACUACAGAGAUCUAUUGAUGAGAUGAAAAGAAUGGAGGAAAUGUCUAGUGCGUUCCGAAGCAGUGGAGUAGAGUGCCACCCCCCUGAACUGAAACCCCAAACAGAAGAAGCAAGUGACAAGGCCACCAAAGAGCAGCCAUGGGAAAUGGUAAUGGACAAGAAACACUUCAGACUCUGGAGGCGCCUAAUCAGUGGCACUCACCUCUACCAAUACAGGGUUUUUGGAACAUAUACUGAUGUGACACCUAGACAGUUCUUCAAUGUUCAGCUGGAUACAGAAUAUAGGAAAAAGUGGGAUGCUCUGGUCAUCAAACUGGAAGUGGUCGAGAGGGAUGUGAUAAGUGGCUCUGAAGUUCUUCACUGGGUGACUCAUUUUCCUUAUCCAAUGUACUCACGGGAUUAUGUGUACGUACGAAGGUACAGCGUGGAUCAGGAAAACAAUGUGAUGGUGUUGGUGUCACGUGCAGUAGAACAUCCUAAUGUACCAGAAUCUCCUGAAUUUGUUCGUGUCCGGUCUUAUGAGUCCCAGAUGGUUAUCCGCCCCCACAAAUCAUUUGAUGAGAAUGGCUUUGACUAUUUGCUGACAUAUAGUGACAAUCCCCAAACUGUGUUUCCUCGUUACUGUGUCAGCUGGAUGGUCUCCAGUGGCAUGCCAGAUUUCCUGGAGAAGCUGCAUAUGGCCACUCUGAAAGCCAAGAACAUGGAAAUCAAAGUGAAGGACUACAUCUCAGCCAAACCCUUAGAUGUUGGCAGUGAGGCCAAGGCAGCCACUCAGACCCCAGAUCGAAAGAGUGAGGGCAACUGUGGCCCUCCUCGCAUUGAAUAUGCUUAAAGGGAAUUAGGUUGGGGGAGGGGGGAGGAGAAGUUUCAUACCUGCCUUGGACCUUUAAUCCCCUGCUGCAGAACAGGGAAAAGCCAGGUUUAUUGGAAGAGGUCUGCUUUACUCACAAAGACCACAUAGUUUGAUAACUGGAGUCUAAUUCACCUGGCCCUGACUUCUUUCAGUGCUUUUGCCAGAGCCUUUGAGAAGAUGGCAUCUCUCCUGGAAAGCUGUUGUGUUCCUGGCCCAAGAAUUUUAAAUUCAUUGUUUCACUGAGGUACUCUGAAACAGAUUUCUUACACCUCUGCAAGGAUGAGAACAUUUCCGUUUGUCCUCUUGGAACAUUUUCCUCAAGCCUGGAUUUUACUUUGUGCCAUCAGUUCUGCAGUGACUUGGCUUCCAUUCACUUCCUGAAGACUCCACCUAACAAGGCUGUUAGGGUUUUUUCAUCAGUUUGUGGGGGAAAGGGGUAUUGAGAAAUCUCUUGGCAGUAGGUCUUUGUAUAUGCUGACUAUAAAUGAAACAGUCUUGUGUGGCCCAAGUGCCUUUUCUUGAUCUUUGUUUAGGAACAACAUGAAAGCUGUGCCAAGAAAUGCCCUUCCUCUACCAGAAAGGAUCAUUUUUCCCUGGGAGAUUACACUUUAAAUCUACUUAAUACUUUUGCUGCCCUUCUGGCUUGAACUAUGUCUUCUUACCCAUCAUCUCCUUCCCAUCCACUCCUACAUAAAGGAAGCCCUUUUAGACAAUAAUACAUUAACAGUAUUCAGGUACGAUCAGGCAAGAUGAUGGUAAGGCAACUUACUAAAGAUAUUGAAUUAAACUUUAUUUUUUACUUUGUGUUAAUUUUUGAUUGAGAAAGUGGAAUAGAGAAUCACACAGUUGUUACUGGCUUUGAGGAUUCCUCUUUAGUCUAGCUACAAAAGAUUCCUUUUUAACCUCACUGUAAAGGAAGUGCCAAACUUGUUAGCCCUCUUGGUUUGACUUAACUCAGUCUUAUUUCUGAAUGUUCGUAAGGUUUGUAUAGACCCUUUUCCUGUGGUGAAGCUUAGGCAUGAAAUCAUGAUGGAGAUAUUCUCCAGGGAUUUAUCCUUAGUUCCCAGUUGGGAAGACUACACGCAGGGAAGGGAAUACAGUUUUCUUCCCAUAGAGGUUUCAGAAUCACAAGCUAAGGUAGGAUGUUUAGAAUGAAAAACCUAGCCAUAACCAUAACUGCCAUCAUUAAGAAAUGCUGGCUGAGCUACUUAUAUACCUGUUCAUCUGAACAUUUUGCCUAGCAUUGAAGCCAGGGAAGGAGUAAAACUAAAGAGAAGCCUCAUUCCUUUACUUUUCCUCAGUCACUGCAGUUUGACAAAACCUCUCCCAUUACCUCUCUUCUACUUGUUGCAUUGAAAUGGUAUUGGCUCUUACGUGGUUGACUUGAAUUUUGCUGGAAUGUCUUGGCUCUGGUCAGGUAUAUUAACCAGUGUGGCCAGAGAAAGGUCGAACCGGAAGGCUAACAGAAUCUGCAGAGUGGGAUGAAUGAUUUUAACUGGGUUUAUUAGGUUUUGAUUUUGACUAGAGUGCCUUUCUCUGGAUGGGUACAUUGGCUAUAAUGACUGUGGAAGAAUCCUGCCUGAAGGCAAGUGUGCGAUCUCCAGAUUUAGAUAUGUUCUCAUUUAUAGGGUAUAGAGUAGUAAGGGUGGUAUCAUCUGGGCUCAGUUACUGUGACAGAAUUGCAGUCUGUAAGGUGGUAGGUGAUUUUGAAGUCUCCCUUGUCAUCAAAAUUUAGGUGGGAAACUUCUGUUUGCCAUCCUUCACACCCUGUUUCUAUCUUGGGAGAAGGGAUCUAGCCCUAAAAGUAACCAUCACCUUAUAGUACCCUUGCUGUCUAUUUGGUCUCGUGCCAAGAUAGUGAUCCUACCAAUACCUUUCUUGGCAUCUGUUCUGAUGAUAUGACACAGGCACACUGAAGAGCCCAAGCUCCUUGAUCCUCCUUUCCUCAUUUCAGGAAGGGAUGAAAUCAGGGAACAGUCAGUGGAUUCCAUUAGUAUCCAUUACCUACAGGAGUUACUGUCUGUAUAAAGAGAGAAAUCAUAAAGGUGCUUAGGGUACUUGGGAUGCUCUGUAUGAUUCCAUGUGCUGAUCUGUGGCACUGGGUUAUGUCAGUGUAGUAGUUACUUUUGGGAUUGUAAUAAUUUCACUAAUAACUGGUAUUUUUAUCAAAAGUGUGAAUAAAUGUACCUAUUGGUAUGAAA